GCGGGGGCUGCCCCGAGCGGGGGGUCCCGGCAGCUUCGCAGCCUGCGCUGGGCCGGCCAUGGCGAGCGGGCGUGUGCUGGCGGCUGCGGCCGUGCUGGUGGCACUGGGGGCGCUGGGAGCCCACCCGGCUGCCGCGGAGGAGACCUCAGGGGUGUUCCAGGUGAUGUUUGAUGGCGAGUGUCAGUACCUCAACGGCACCGAGCAGGUGAGAUUACUGGUGAGACACCUCUACAACCGGCAGCUGUUGCUGCACUUCGACAGCGACGUUGGGAUCUACGUGGGUGACAGCCCCCUGGGGGAGCCUAUUGCCAAGUACUGGAACAACCAGCCGGACUUUAUGGAGCAGAGACGGGCUGAGGUGGACACAGUCUGCCGGCACAACUACGGGGUGAACGAAGCUUACACUGUGCAGAGGAGAGUGGAGCCCAAGGUGAGGAUCUACCCCGUGCAGUCGGGCUCCCUGCCCCAGACCGACCAGCUGGUUUGCCACGUGACGGGCUUUUACCCCGCGGAGGCCGAGGUGAAGUGGUUCAGGAACGGGCAGGAGGAGACGGAUCAUGUGGUGUCCACGGACGUGAUGCAGAACGGGGACUGGACCUACCAGGUGCUGGUGUUCCUGGAGACCACCCCGCAGCGUGGGGACACCUACAUGUGCCAGGUGGAGCACGUCAGCCUGCAGCACCCCGUCACCCAGCGCUGGGAGCUGCAGUCCGACGCUGCCAGGAGCAAGAUGCUGACGGGGGUGGGAGGCUUCGUGCUGGGGCUCAUCUUCCUGGCCGUGGGGCUCUUCCUCUACAUGCGCAAGAAGGGCGCCGCGUUCCCCAGGCUGCAGGGCUCCUGAGCACCGGCCCGGCCCCGCGGAUCCUCUGCGCCGCCGGCAGCCCCCUGCCCCCAGCCUCAGCUGCGCCUCGACCCGGCCCUGCCCGGAGCCCCCCGUCCCCGCGCUGCCCCCCGGGCUCAGCCCCCGCCCCCGGCCCCGGCCCCGGCCCCGGCCCGCCCUCGCUGCUCUGUGCUUGCCACGAUGGUGGCUCCCUGCAGCUCUGCCUAAUAAAGUGUCCUGCUGCCCUCA